AUGUAUUCGAAGCGUCUUGAAUUGUCGCAAGAGUUGGCCGAACUCCAGGCUAGCAUAGCGAGUCCUGAUCUAUGGCGUUUGCUCGAGCGCUAUCUCCUCGUCAUCCGGAUUAAUGGGCAAUCCCUGGAGGCCCUCAGUCGACCAUCCACUACUGUCGUUGCCACCGCCUUCAUCAUCAUCUCUGCACAGUUUUAUGAUGCUCUCAGAUCUGGAUGA